AUGUCGGUCAGUCCCAAAUUCGAUAUCAAGGAAGCAUACCUUAAGUUUCUUAGAGAUGAUCCCGAAAUGACGAUGCCGGUGGCAGCCAUCGAGGCUCUCUUAACUAUGCUUAAGAUCCAACAGCCGAGUACAUCGUCAGAGUUAAUUCGUCUACUAGACGAUGCGACAAAACAGUUGAAAAGUUCGGUUUCGAACGCCAUUUCAUUGUCUGCAGGUUGUGAUAUGUUCAUGAGAUUUGUUCUUAGAAACCUCCAUCUUUAUUCGGAUUGGGAAUCGUGCAAAAAGCACUUGGUGGAGAAUGGUCAGUUGUUCUUGCAGAGGGCCAAGGAUAGCAGAAACCGUAUAGCCAAGGUUGGAAUUAACUUCAUCAAUGAUGAUGAUACCAUCUUGGUUCAUUCAUAUUCCAGGGUUGUUCUCAGCUUAUUGGAGUAUGCCAAGUCAAGAUUUGUCCGUUUCAGAGUGUUUGCUACAGAGGCCUGUCCUGAUAAGGGAGAGAAUAAUGGUAUUAAGAUGGCCCGGUUGCUAAAGAAGAUGGGAAUUUCUGUGUGCCUCAUUCCAGAUUCACAGGUCGGAUUUGUCAUUAAUAAGGUGGAUAAGGUGUUCAUGGGAGCUGAGGGAGUGUCUGAAAGUGGUGGCAUCAUCAAUCAUAUGGGUUCGUUCCAGAUAGGAGUCUUAGCCAAGAAUGCUAAUAAGCCGGUUUAUGUGGUGGCCGAAUCGCAUAAGUUUGUUCGCAUGUUCCCAUUAGCUCAGGAUGAUUUACCGCCAGAGAUGGGGACUAAACUUAUAUUCACUACGGACUUGGAUGAAGGUCUUGUAGAUCAUCCAAAUGUCGACUUUACGCCUCAUCAGUACAUAACGGCGCUUAUUUCUGACUUGGGAGUACUAACUCCUUCUGCUGUUAGUGAGGAAUUGAUUAAGAUGUGGUAUGAUUAG